GAGAGAGGGAGAAAGUUCGUGUUUCUCCUCCCACCCUUCGGCGGAGCUGGGACGUUGUUCCUGGCAGGGCUCGGGCUCCUUUGGCAAGUGCUUGAGUGAUGGAAGAAGAAGCUGAAGUCCUAAUGGAUCAGACUGAAUCUGCUCCAGAAAACAUAGAAAUCACUGAAACUAAGAAAAAGGGACCAAGAGGUCGGGGAAGAGGCCGAGGUGGCAGAGGAUAUGCUAGAGGGAAAAUGCGAGGCAGAGCACUGAAUGGCUUUGGACCUAUAAGACGUGGAAUGGGAAGAAUGCGCCCAUAUCCAGAUGCAAGAGGUCGAAGAGGAGCACGAGGGGGACCACUUUUUCCACCAUCUCUGCCCACAAGAGGAAUGAUGAGAAUGCCUUUUCUGCCUCCACCACCACGAUAUGGGGCUCCUCUUCCCCCUUUUCCUCCCCCACCACCUGGAAUAAUGGGCUUCAGGGGCAGACCUCCUCCCCCCAGAGCUAGAGGAAUGCUUCCAUGGCCACGAGGCUAUUUUCCACCCUCAAGAGGGAUAACAUAGUCUCCCUUUGAGGCCAGUGGGAGAUGGCAUGCAGACCUUUGAGAGAGCUUUCAUCAAGGCCUUAUUUGAGGUGAGAGAGUAUUUCAAACAUUCCCCCGCCCCUGCUCACUUUCUUUUUCCUUAGGCAAAGUCUACACUCAUCUGGCUUCUAUUCGUGUUCAAAGGGCACAUGCAUGCACACGACACAGCCUUGAUAUUGUUUCACUCAGGACAUCAGGGGUCAGGUUUCACAGGUGCCUCCUGGUGGACCCCAGGCAUCUGAAUGGAUUCAACAAGAUCAGUUCCAGAAAUCAGGCUGCCAAGCACACUGGUGGUGGGUCAACCAGGCAUGUGUUGUAAUAAUUUCACAAGGUUGGGUUUUAUGCAGAUCUCUACCCAAGGGUUACAGCCAGAAGCCAUUUCAUGAAAUGGCAUGCCCAUGUGAAUCAGACGUAUUUGUGUGUGGAUGCAAUGCAUGUCAAAUCACAGCACACAACUUGUGGCAAGUCUUCUUUUUCUCCCUAUUAGCUGUAUUUGGAUCUGUGUCUCCUCACUGGACAGUAUAUACAAGCCCUAUUUUGAGGUUAAGCCUGAACAGGGUACGUCAAUGCGCUAGUAAGAGCAUGGGGCCUGGCUGAGUGGCCCAACCCCUCAGUUCCAACUUCGUUGCAUUGAGCGUGCAGGUCUAAAAAAGAGUUCUAGUUGUGUCCCUUUGAAUGUUUGUAGAACUCUCUGUGCAUUUGGGGAUCCUGCUUUAUCCAGCAUUGUCUUGUGUAAGCGGAAAAUCACUUCCGUUUGCACAAGACAGCCCCACUGAAUCCUUCCAAUUUCCCCAUCCUGUUGAAGCUCCCCCCCACCCAUGCAUCAUCCCAGACCAUCAGUCAAACAUCAGGAAUGGCUUGUGGGGGAGAGGGUGGCACAGAGAUCUGUAGUGGUAGGAACCAGAGGAGCCCUGCUGUGCAAGUUCUGCCUUUAUACCAAGCCAGACCAUUGGUCCAUCUAGCCCAGUACACUCUAUUCUAACUGGGAGCAGCCAAGAUCUCCAGUAGAUAUGGCUCUUCUCCAGCCCUGCUACCUGAGAACCCUUUAACCCAUGCUGCCAGAGACUGAACCUGAUGUCCAACAUGGAAACACCACCACGUGGCCCUUGAUUUUCCACUUAGGCUUAACUAGCCUUGCUGCUCUCCAUGCUUGGAAGUGCCAGAAAAGGAUUACUAUGUCCAGGAUUCUAUAUUCUCUAUUGCUGAAAAAGGUUUUACUAUGCUGACUUGGCAAUUCACACUAUGCUGUACAUUUUUAGCAGGAGGAUAUUGCUGAAUUUUGCAUAUUGGUAAUACAAGAUUGCUACAACCAUCUGAAUUCUGUGCAAACCCCCACCACAUAUAUUUUUUAAAAAAUCAGAGCUGUGAUUGUGACAUUGCUUUUCAUGCCUUUAUUUUGCAUUGCUUUGGGGAAUAUCCAUUGCAGACUGACAAGCAGGUUAGCUAAAUCCUAGUCUGCUUGCAAAAUGGUGCCUCUCUUUGUGUUUGGUUCCAUUUCUGAGAUGCUCAUUUCACAUGGUGCAGACACUGUAGUUUUUUAGGAAGAUGAACUUGUGGGUACCUUUUUUUUUCUUUUUUUUUUUGCUGGUACUCGAGUUGUACUGAAUCAUGUAUAUAAAAGAGCUAGCCCAUCUAAUUCCUGAAUAAAUAAAAUGUAAUGUUCCAAUGCAAGCUGGAUGAAUGGAAAUGUGAUUUUAACAUUGAUAACAUUGAUAGAUGCUUAGAGAAGAUCUGUCCCCAUCAUGGGUUCAUACAUAGCACCAUUCCCUUCCCUCUGGAGUCUUCAUGGGAUCUGUUCCCUAGUAAGUGGCAGCCAAAGGCUGAUAUUAGGGAUGACCACAGAUGGGGAUAAAAAAGUUGCCUGAAUAAUCUUGGUAGCAUAUGUUGGAUCCAGAUAAACUCAUUGAACUUAGGUCCCCAUUGAAAUGGAUCUAUGUCAUAACUAAGUUCAGCUAACUUAGUUUGGAACCAACACUAUAUUAUUUCUUUUCCUGAUACUACACUUGAAUAUGAUGAUAUUGUGAGAAUCUUUUGUAAGCUAUGUUGAGAGCCUCCUGGGGCUAUAAAACAUGUUACAAGCACUCUAAAUAUAGUGUGCUUUUAUGUUCUGCUUCUGAAACUUAAGAAACCUCACUAUUUAUCAAUCAUAGCAUGCAGGUUAUGGAUUUAUAUUUAUUAAUUAAAAUUUUAUCACACCUUUUGAUCAAGGUCGCUUUUCCCAACCCCCAAAACCACAAACAAAAUCCAAACACCAAGAUGAUAAAAUAUACCAUUACUAGCAACCUCUAAAACAGUAACAAGCAGUGUUCAGGGAGGGGCUGUAGCUCAGUGUGAUAGAGCACCUGCUUUGCAUGCAGAAGAUCCCAUGUUUGACCUCCAGGUACAGCUAUGAAAGAAUCCUGCCGGAAACUUUGGAAAGCUGCUGCCAGCCACUUGUUGAAAAUACUGGGCUAGAUGAACCAAUGCUCAUUCAGUAUAAUGCAGCUUCCUACAUUUCUAGAAUAAUAUAUCAAGGACAUUAAAAUGGAGCAAAUCAGCAGGUAAAAUGUCAGUCAAAAAGGAUUUUUCUGUUGCCUUUGACUGCUAUGCACAGAGGGGUGUGUGGUGAGCCAUCCUUGUAAAGGAGAUCCAGACCUAGGUGCAACCAUAGAGAGCACAUGCUCAUAGGUUGUUGUUUUGGGUUUUUUAAAGCUAUAUUUCAGGAGUUCAAUUUAUUCCUCGCAUACCAAACAAUUUUCUGUCAGUACCAAACAUGAGUAAUUGUUACAGUAGUUUUGUUCUAAGAAUACAAUCCACACAGGAAUCUUUCUUUGGUGGUGUAUACCCUUGAAAGCACUUCAGGGCUGCCCCAUUUUAUGCUGUGGCAGUAACCAAAUGGCUUUCAAACUUAAGGCCUGGUUUGCACAUAACAAACCCUGAGUAUGGGUUGUCAUUAUGUGCAAACCUUGCACUGUGGGGUUGUUAACCACAAACAACUCAGGAAGGGAACCCAUGGUUUGUUGUUGGGUUGUGAACCAUGCAUUGUUCAUGAUUAACAAUCCAUCGUUAGACCAUAAUUCAGGGUUUGGAUAUAACCACCCACGAUUCGACGACAAUCCUCAGGGUUAUCGAUUAGUGUGAACCAGGUAUACGUCUGCAUUUGCACAUCCCCCAAAGGAAAUACUGUUGUAAUUGCUACUUUGACUGAAAACCUAAAAGCUUGAAUUAAAUAUUAGAUUCUUUGGGGGAAAUGGAAAUGUUUUUCUUAUAGCUCUGGGAAGAUAUGAUUGUUAUUCUUGAGAGUGCUUGGCAGAAACAUCUCCACAAGGUUUUGGAAAAUGGUUCCUCUUCUCUCCCCUGUUACAUGUAAACACAUGCCACAAUCAUUAAGAGGCAAUCCUAUAUCUGCAAAUAAGCUCCUUGGAACUCAGUGGGACUUUUGAGUAGACAUGUAGAGAAUUGGGGUGGGGGGUUAGUUUGUUUUUAGUCACUGAAGGAAAGCUAGAGUUGAAGUGGGAGGUAGUUGUCUCACCAUGGUAUUCUAUAAUAUUUAGACAGGCACUUUUAUUUUAUUCACUGGUUGUACUCGUAGGAGCUGCCUAUGCAAAGGUGAAGAAUGACCAGUAUAUUAUCUUAACCACAAUCAGGAGGUUUGAAGAAUUGCUUUGCCAGAUUAGACAGAAAUCCAUUAUUUUCGCAAGCUACUAGUCAGAUGCUUCUGGAAACCUACAAGCUGAGCGUGGCGAUGAUUUGCCACCCCAUUUGUCCUAGGCAUCUAGUAUGCAGCGAGAUGGUUUCUGUUAUCAGGCUGAAUAGACACGGAUAGGGCUGCCAUUAAUAUCAGUGAAAUCUAUACAGAGGAAUGUCCUGGUGGAUUUUUCCACUUUUCAAUAGGCACAUUUAAGUUUCUGGAAGCAAGAUUUCAUAAAGCUUGAGAGAAACACAUUUAAGGUAGUGCAAUCUUGAACUGGGGAGGGAGGAAUCAAAUUUAAAGAACGUUCUGUUGUAAUAAAUGUCAUUCCAGGAUCAACUGGUUUUAAUGAAGAACUUUGUAUCAGUACAUCAGAAGUUAAUAAAGUAACUUUACUGCGA